AGUCAUGGCCGUAACUUCCUCUUCUUCCUCCGGGUUGAAACAAACAUUACUCUAGCUUCUCUCUUCUAGCUUCCUUUUUCACUUGAAAAAUCGAUGAGUUUGUUGUGUUUUCUGUAGUAAUCCUUCAUCAAAUUUCUCUGCUCAGCAUUUGUGGAUUUCAGUUGUUCUUCCUACAUAUUUUCAUCAUCCUAGUAAUCCCAUUGCUAACCGUAACUAGAUAGAUAUCUUUCCCAAUUAUUCCCUGGAAAUCUUCCUAUGAUUGAUUCGGAUCAUGGCCCUAUUGUUUAAACUACUCUUCUUUUGAAACAAAUUCAUGCUAAUUGUUUUAAGCCUGAAGCAAAUUUGCAUAACAAAAUGAGUGACUUAGAAGUAGGUCAACGCGUCGACCGGGUUGGACUAGGUAUUCGGGUCGAGUUGAGUCUAUUUUGUGUCCUACUUUCUUGAGAAGAACCAGAGUCGCCCACAUGAGAAUCUGAACACUCUUCUUCAAUCCAUAAACAAAAUACAACACCUUCUUCCUAAGCAAAGAGUUUCGCUCGAUCACCAAAACUAUGAAAUGCAUAACCCAAUUUGUCAUCAACAUGCCACAUGAUACCACCAUUACAAGCAAAUUCGACCACCAUGGGCAACACGGAGAAGCUGAUGAAAUUCACGUCCAAAACCCUCGAGUCCUCGCUCACCACCGGAAACCUCCAGAAGAUGUCGGAGACCAUGGACUCGUUUGAGAAGCAGUUCGUCAACAUGGAGGUCCAGGCCGAGUUCAUGGAGAGCUCCAUGGCCGGCUCCACCUCGCUUUCCACUCCCGAAGGUGAGGUCAACAGUCUUAUGCAACAGGUUGGUGAUGAUUAUGGGCUUGAGGUCUCCGUGGGUCUGCCGCAGCCGGCGGCCCAUGCCGUGCCCACCAAGGAGGCCGAUAAGGUCGAUGAGGAUGAUCUUUCCAGGAGGCUUGCGGAGCUCAAGGCUAGAGGCUAAUGAGGGAAUGUCAUCGGUGCGAUGCGAAUUUGAUGUAUAAUGCUGCUUUAUGGGUUUGCAGAAUUAUGAGAUGUGAUUCGUGUUGGAACCAUUUACAACUUGAUAUUUGUGUAUAAUUGUCGAAUCAAUUCGCGGUGACAUGAUUA